AUUCGCAAUUUGGGUUUUUUUUUUUCGAUGAAAACAAACUCUACCAAUUAUUAAUCUCGUAUUUGUAACUGAAAAGUGUUGUAUGCUUGAGAUAAAGAGUUGAAAUUACAUCGUUUCAAAUCUGGAUGAGAAUACAAUGAUUGCCGCCUCAGAACCAUUGGAGUUUGUGCCUCACGGUAGAACUGUGAUAGCCAAGCAUCCUGGUCAGAUUUACGGGAAGGGGCAGAACAUCUCAGCGUCGGAGAACUCGCUGCUUUAUAAGUUGACGAACUUUGCGAUCAAAGAUGAGAGCUUGUUGGAGGCGAAGGAAGCAGACGAACAAGAGUGGUGGUGUAUUAGAGAGGUUUACUACAGGAAUACUGGUGAAAUUGAAGACGACCUAACACAAGCUCAAAAGGAUCUGAAAAAUGAUUACAACUCAGAAUCGUUUAGACCGCCAAGCCGUCUCAAAAAUGAUUUCAACAUUUCCAUCAAGUCAGAACUGCUGGGUGGUGUCAAAAAGAUGGAUACAGAGUGCGUCAACUCGGCUGGUCCGUCCAGAGCUGGCAGCGCUAACAGUUCCAGUAAUAUGUCCAAAAAGUUCCAUCUAAACAACGGACUUAGUAAAAGCCCUAAGAAGAGACCUUUGAAUCCCAAAACUGAUAGUUCUUAUGAAGAGGAACUGUAUGUAAAGGGAUGCACUGCUGUUUGGUCUAAAGGUUUAAUUUCAACUCCAGCUACUAAGGUCUCUGCUCCUGAAUAUAGAGAAACAAUUUGCUGUUACACUCUUGAAAAUCCCAUCAAACAUGCUGCCUUCUGUAACUUCCACAUAAACAUCAACAACACUAUGCUCAUUGACGCCUUGAAUUCACAAAUAGCCGAUGAAAAGAAAAACAUAAAAAUUGAGGACACCACAGAACAUAUCCCCACCAAAGUGAUGCCUGCUAUUUUACUCAUGGACAACAAAUGCAUGCAAGUUUUUGCAACAGACGGUCGAGAGUACAUAAACAAUGUACCGUUUCAAGUCAAAAAAGUGUGGCCUAUAAAAUAUGGUGUUCUUUUAGAGAAGCAAGCUUCACCAAUGUCACAUAACUCAAUAUUACCGUCAUCAUUCUUGAAAUUAAAUGAGUCACAUAACAGUACUCUCUCCAGAUCGAAAACGAAUUAUCCUUUCAAUAUGAGCGCGAGGUUACGUGCUGAAUCCGUAUCUGGGUAUGACCUGGAUGUGCCUUUACCUACAUGCUUCUCGUUGUCCCACCCUUUGGAUGAAGUCACUCCUAUUCUUAUGAAGUCACCAUCUGUCGGAUUGCAGUAUUAUAAUGAUGGGGAUCUUCAAAUUGUUUUCGUCAGCGUCAACCCCAGUAUUAUCCUGUUAUACGAUUGGAAAUUGGCUAUCCAUUCCCUAUGGAAGAUUCGUAAGGCGUUACGAGAUGAAUGCCUAACAAUGUGCCCCAACAUAAAUUCUACGACAACAUUGUUCAGUCAGUCUUGCGACUACCUGAAUAGUCCUAUGAAUACUCAUAGUAACAUUGGCAAGAAUGCAACUAGUUGGGCUACUGGUUUAGGUAGUCCGUAUCAAUCUAAGAAAGGGCCAAGUACGCCAACGUUUUCUAGAUCAAGGCAGAACAGUCCAAUGGCGAACAUUUUCCAUCAGCAAGGGUUGUCGCCUCACGCGUCUAUAGGCCAAGCAUCGUGUACUUCGAUGAUGGCUAAUACCAUGAUGCAGACGCCACCCUCACUGCCUUUGUAUCCAGAUAUUUGCUUGGAACAUAUCUGGACAGAUACCCAGCAAUUACGCCGCGACAGAAUCGACAACCCUGCCGAUAUGAAAACGUUUCUACACACUGAUUUGGUUGGCCACGAGUACUUAUGCUUUAUUGUAAAGACAAGCAGCGUAAGCAGACUUCAAAUUAUACGAUUGCAGAAGUCACAUUCUCAUGGACAGCCGUCGAAAAGUAAUCUGAUCGUGGGCGCGGUGUCUUCAGUUUUGGCUAAAGAUGCAGUUGUUUUGGAUCAUUUGAAUAUGAUAGCUCUGAUUGAUGAAUCUGGAAACAUUAUUCUGCAGUCUGGCAACAGUAUUGUAGGCAAGGUGCAUGUUGGGGGAGUGUUAGCGCGUCUAAUCGACUCUCCAUACACAAAGCCGACCUUCCAAUCUCCGUUUCCUCGCCGCAGCAGUCUAUUACCGAGCCGUUGCAACGACGCGUCUGCGUUCGACGACUCUGCGUUGCAUCUACUGUCGCCGGUGCCGCAUACUAGUGCUUCCAGGCUGGAGCAGAAGGAAUCUUUAGGUCUUAGUGGUCUAUGUGACGCGGCCAGCUCGCGUGUGACCCUGCAAUUUGACUCCGGAGUCAUGUACCGUAUUUCGCUGCCCACCAUAUCGUGUUCCGACCUCGUCACCAGGUGUUGUGCUGCUUUGAAGGCGAUACUGCCUAAGGAUAUUACUAUGCAGGUCAUAAUAAGAUGGUACGGCUCUCGCAACGCACCCGGCACGCAAGACUUAACCCCAGAGCAAGAAUGGUCCAUGUUUUCCAACCUCCUCUUCUUCCUAAUGGGCUACGACGUCGAAAAACUAUCACAAUCCAAACAGUCCGAAGAAACUGAACACACUGAAGUGGCCACCAAGAAACAGAGAACAUCUAGUGACGGGUCUCAUGAAGAUUGGGAGUAUUUACUAAAUUCUAAACUACACAAAACCAUUGGAAACUCUCUAGCAAGCAUGCUUCAUAUACAAGCGACGCCCAGCUUAGAUUCCAAAACGGCUAGAAUACACCGACUAAGAAACAGCAUUGAAAUGGAAAAACCUUCGCAAUUCAAUACAAACGCGUUACUAUUCCCCUAUACAAUACAAGUGCUGUACGCUUUCCAUUUGGUGUACGAAGAGACUAAAUUGAACACUAUUCUUUGGACAGACCUCAGGCCACUUUCAGGCUUUUUGUAUCAGAUAUCCAAAGACUUGAAAUUGGAAUGCUACGUGAAUCACUACUGGCUGGAUUUCCCAACAGAUUAUGAUUUGGAUAUUGAAGAAUCUAACUCUCAAGUAUCAGAGGCAACGUUGCAGAAGCUGAUUCAGCCGACUUACUUCACGAAUGAACCGCCGCACAUAUUAAACUACCUGAACUGUAUGCUGCAAGAUAAAGACGCUGGGUAUUACCCGUACUUGACAGAUGUGAAUAAUAUGUCCAGGGAUCUUAUUGAGAUUCUCACUAUAGUGGGCGUGGGUCGCUGCGCAGGAGUCCAGACCGUCACGCGGCGCGACAGCAUGGCCGCCAGCACGCCGCGCGGCCGCCGCGACUGCGCGCAGUACGCCUCGCCCUACUGCCAGGCCGUGGGCACCGCGUGCGAGAGAGGUGAGCGCGUCACCGCUGACGUCACAGCGGGCGCGGGAGUGCCGUGGGCACCGCGUGCGAGAGAGGUGAGCGCGUCACCGCUGACGUCACAGCGGGCGCGGGAGUGUGACGUCACGCGGCGCGACAGCAUGGCCGCCAGCACGCCGCGCGGCCGCCGCGACUGCGCGCAGUACGCCUCGCCCUACUGCCAGGCCGUGGGCACCGCGUGCGAGAGAGAGGUGAGCGCGUCACCGCUGACGUCACAGCGGGCGCGGGAGUGUAACGUCACGCGGCGCGACAGCAUGGCCGCCAGCACGCCGCGCGGCCGCCGCGACUGCGCGCAGUACGCCUCGCCCUACUGCCAGGCCGUGGGCACCGCGUGCGAGAGAGAGGUGAGCGCGUCACCGCUGACGUCACAGCGGGCGCGGGAGUGUGACGUCACGCGGCGCGACAGCAUGGCCGCCAGCACGCCGCGCGGCCGCCGCGACUGCGCGCAGUACGCCUCGCCCUACUGCCAGGCCGUGGGCACCGCGUGCGAGAGAGAGGUGAGCGCGUCACCGCUGACGUCACAGCGGGCGCGGGAGUGUAACGUCACGCGGCGCGACAGCAUGGCCGCCAGCACGCCGCGCGGCCGCCGCGACUGCGCGCAGUACGCCUCGCCCUACUGCCAGGCCGUGGGCACCGCGUGCGAGAGAGAGGUGAGCGCGUCACCGCUGACGUCACAGCGGGCGCGGGAGUGUGACGUCACGCGGCGCGACAGCAUGGCCGCCAGCACGCCGCGCGGCCGCCGCGACUGCGCGCAGUACGCCUCGCCCUACUGCCAGGCCGUGGGCACCGCGUGCGAGAGAGGUGAGCGCGUCACCGCUGACGUCACAGCGGGCGCGGGAGUGCCGUGGGCACCGCGUGCGAGAGAGGUGAGCGCGUCACCGCUGACGUCACAGCGGGCGCGGGAGUGUGACGUCACGCGGCGCGACAGCAUGGCCGCCAGCACGCCGCGCGGCCGCCGCGACUGCGCGCAGUACGCCUCGCCCUACUGCCAGGCCGUGGGCACCGCGUGCGAGAGAGGUGAGCGCGUCACCGCUGACGUCACAGCGGGCGCGGGAGUCGGGCGCGGGAGUGUGACGUCACGCGGCGCGACAGCAUGGCCGCCAGCACGCCGCGCGGCCGCCGCGACUGCGCGCAGUACGCCUCGCCCUACUGCCAGGCCGUGGGCACCGCGUGCGAGAGAGGUGAGCGCGUCACCGCUGACGUCACAGCGGGCGCGGGAGUGUGACGUCACGCGGCGCGACAGCAUGGCCGCCAGCACGCCGCGCGGCCGCCGCGACUGCGCGCAGUACGCCUCGCCCUACUGCCAGGCCGUGGGCACCGCGUGCGAGAGAGGUAUAACCCCCCGUGACGUAGACAACCUGCCCCCAGCUAUCGGUCUUCUAAUGCUCACGAUAUUCAGCCGAUGCAAGAGCGAGCCUCCUGUAGACUGGCCGGUGGAGGCCUAUAACCUCAUCAUGAGGGAAGACCUGGCUCUGCAGGCGGAGAUCGCUGAGAAAAUCAAAUCUACGUCGGAAUAUUUGGAGACCUUGGCGUUAGAAGUGCUAGAGAAAGAGACGGCAUAUUCGCUGAACUCGACUCCUCACUGCCAAACGGAUUCCUCGCAGUCGAAGAACGACGACAACGAUACCAGCACGGGAAUGGAGCAUCUCAACAGUAAACUGCUAGGGCUGCUGUAUCCACGAGAUCACAGGAUGACAGAGGUAUUCAACCUUCUGCAGUCGUCGAUCCCCGUGACGAUCAACUUGACGCAAAGGCCCGAGGUGUCAGACCACGACUUUAUCGAAGAGCAGGAGAAGCAUCUCUUCGCUAUCAGCACGAGAACUAUGGCUUUACCUAUCGCAAGAGGCAUGUUAACCCUCCGAAGUCUCCCAUGCGCGCCAACCGAGCCUUUAACCCUGCCGAAGCUAUGCGUCACGGGACGUGGCCCGCCACCUCGCUGCAACACCAUCAAUUUGGGCUCAGCCGACGCGUCGCCGCAGUGCCUGCUGUGGCCGACCUUCCACAACGGCGUGGCGGCGGGGCUGGCGCUCGUCCCCAUGACCGGCUCCAGCAUCGAUUCUAGCUGGGUGAUUUAUAACAAGCCUAGGGGGACCCAAGAAAUGUCAACAGAGCACGCCGGCUUCCUCAUGGCUCUAGGUCUCAAUGGUCAUCUACGCGACAUGCCCUUCAUGAACAUGUAUGAAUACUUGGUCAAGUGCCACGAGAUGAUCAGUGUGGGACUGCUGUUAGGACUCGCCGCUACUUAUAGAGGAACAAUGGAUGUCCAGGCUACUAAGAUGAUGAGCAUACACUUAGAACCGCUCCUACCGCCCACAUCUAUAGAACUGGAUAUCCAACAGAACAUCCUGGUGGCCGCUUUGCUUGGCGUUGGCCUGAUAUACCAAGACACUGGCCAUAUACAUUACGCGCAAGUGUUGUUGAAUGAAAUUGGUAAGCCCCCAGGCCCUGAAAUGGAGAACUGCGUAGAGCGAGAAGGCUACGCUUUAGCCGCAGGACUAGCAUUGGGAUUCGUGUGCGUACGCGCAGGCUCGAACGCGCCCGAUCACAUCGCGCAGCGGCUCCGAACCUAUAUGCUGGGAGGAGACAAACACCCGCUCACUGGUGCCCAAAGAGAAAAAUACAAGCAGGGCUCGUUCGCAAUCCGCGAGGGGCAAACUGUAAAUCUUGACGUGACGUCUCCAGGGGCUACGGUCGCCCUCGGGCUCAUGUAUCUGCGGUCCAACAACGCGGCGCUCGCCGGUUGGCUGCGGGCGCCCGCCACCGCCUACCAGCUCGACUACGUGCGGCCCGACCUGCUCAUGCUGCGGAUCAUAGCGCGAGGUGAGACGUCACUGUGUACCGCGCUCCAACAACGCGGCCACCGCCUACCAGCUCGACUACGUGCGGCCCGACCUGCUCAUGCUGCGGAUCAUAGCGCGAGCGCCUACCAGCUCGACUACGUGCGGCCCGACCUGCUCAUGCUGCGGAUCAUAGCGCGAGGAUUAGUGCUAUGGGACAGUAUCGAAGCGACGGAGGAAUGGAUAGAAGAACAAGUACCCGCUUCAAUAAAGCCGUACUGUUUCGUGAAGCCCACUGAGGACCACAUCGAUUAUGAAGCUAUGAACCAAGCGUACUGCAACAUAAUAGCGGGCGCGUGUUUCGCAGUCGGCCUGCGUUUCGCCGGCUCCGGCGAUGAGGACGCGAGAGACGCUGUGAUGCAUUUCGUCAGGUUAUUCCUGGCUUUAGGUGCCAAGAGCGUUGCGGAGUUAGCUGGGAGGUCUACUUUGGAAGCCUGUCUUUGUGUCUGCCUGCUAGCUGCUGGCAUGAUAAUGGCGGGGCGAGGCGACAUCCAAGUGUUGCGCGUUUGUCGUCGCAUGCGGGCGCGCGUGCCGUCCGCAGCCGCGUCACCCGCCACGCCGGCCACGCCCACUCUCACGCAUGGCGGACAGCGCGUGCCGUCCGCCGCCGCGUCACCCGCCACGCCGGCCACGCCCACUCUCACGCAUGGCGGACAGCGCGUGCCGUCCGCCGCCGCGUCACCCGCCACGCCGGCCACGCCCACUCUCACGCAUGGAGGACAGAUGGCGGUACACUGCACCAUCGGUCUCCUGUUCCUGGGAGGAGGCCGGGCCACAUUGAGCACGACCCCCACGGCGAUAGCUGCAUUGCUGGCUGCUUUCUUCCCCAAGUUCCCCACUCAUAGCGAAGAUAACAGGUAUCACUUACAGGCGUUCAGACAUUUGUAUGUGUUGGCCGUGGAACCUCGACUGAUACUGCCGCGGGAUAUAAGCAAUGGGAAGAUCUGUUACGCGCACGUACAGCUGAUAGACUUGAGUGGUGUUGUCAAAGAAGUGCAAGCACCCUGUAUACUGCCCGAGUUGGAUACGCUGAAAGAAGUGAAAAUCAACGACCCCCGAUAUUGGCCAAUCACAUUCCAGAGGGAUCGCAAUUGGGACCAAUUGAAGACUUUCUUAGAAUACACAUGGUGUAUAGACAUAAAACAACGCGCUGGCUGCCUAUCUUAUCUGGACGACCCGCACGGAUUCCUAACAAUAUUGGCCCAAACAUUGACCUUGGACAAGGCCAACAUUUGGUCGGCCACCGCAGACAAUAUUGAGCUCUUUACCAACGACGACCAAGUGCGAAAUUUCGUUAAACAUUACCUGUACAAAGACCACACUUUUGGCACAAACAUUUGUGCGGACUGUCUUCUUGUAUCGAAGAAAAGGAAGGGUGUUAAGAACGAACCGUAUAUGACGAAGCAAUGUAUGUGUAGGAAAUAUAGCAAAGAGGAGCAAGAUCACGUACAAGGCUUGAGUAUGGUGACUUAUGAGUGUGUCGUCAAAGAUAUAUUGUGCGCGUUGCCUAUUUGGACGACUUUCUUGAAGAUAAUAAAAACCAUGAAAACCGAACCGUCGACCUACCACAUGUGGCAAAUCAAGUUGCUACUAUCACAAAUCGACAACUACAACAAACGAACCAUGGAUGAGAUGAAAAUAGACGGCCAAGACGUCCAAAACGAGCCUCUCAUAUCCACAGAAUUCACUCUCGCAAUCAAGCAAAGAGUGGGCAACAUUUUCGACGGGUGGGAGAUCAAAAUAAUACCCUAUCUGAGAAAAUACCUAGGUCUACCUAGCAGUAGAAAAAUCAGUUCAUGCGAGGAAGACAUGAAGAAGAUUUUGAGUUCAUAUCUAGUGUACCACGAUCUCCCUAGAGGUGUUUUAAGGAAUGUGAUGAGCGAUAAUGAGUUGGGGGUUAUCAUGGAUCUGGAGAAUAUGAGUUUGAGCAUCGAGGCGUUGAGCAAAAUUGAACUUUUGCUUAGAUGAUUAAGGUCUUUGUCGUGCGGGUACGUUACCCGCUCGCGCUGUCGCGGGGACUGUGUUCACGACUGGUGUUAAACAAGACUUUAAGACCUAUAAUGUAGCCGUUUUGUGUGAAAGACAUUGCAUUAAGCAUAUAUUUGUGGCUUGUGUUGCUGUUUGUGUUCUUAAAGUUCAAUUUGGUUGAAAAUCAUAGGUUAAUAUGGUGCAAUUUAGGAAAACUUGGCUACUUUCUGUCGCAGUUUGCUUUGUGAAAGUUCGCUCCAAUGAUUGCUUCAAAUUGAACCAUAUAGCAUGUUAAUAGUUCAGUGCGUUAAUUUGUUUUUGAUUUUAGUAUCUACUUAUUUAAAAUUGUGGUAAACAACUGCUAUGUAAAUGAGAUUACUUAAUUAGUGUAAGUUUAAGAUUUUCUAUACAAAUAAACGCACAUUUACGCUAAGCUUUACAUUUGUCAAUGUAUGUAAUAUAUUUAAUUUUGAUAUUUUGUUAGGAAGACUGAUAUUCAUAAGCGUGUUGUUUAUGCAUAAUAAAACGCUCGAAAUUGUGAUCUUACAUUUGGCUAGACAAAAUUAAAUUGUUAUAGUUAAGGCUUAUGUAGUAGUGUCCAAAUAAUUUUACAUGUACUAUGUUUGUACGUCUGCUAAGCAGAUUUGUACUAUAUUUCAUACCAAAUUGAAAUAUCUGGUGCCCUUUAUUUCGAAUAAUAUUGUAGUCGCUUGUACUUCUUUGGACGACAGAAAUACGCGAAUGUACGCCGUGUAUUCAUCUAGUUAGAAACAUGUAUUGCAUUCUAUGUAAGUAGUGUACAUAGAGUUUCAAUGUAAUGAUGUGUGCUAUAUAAAAUACAAACGGUAUUGUCUAAAGGAAUGUAAAUAAACAUAAUAAGCAAAUGUAAUAGGGUGAGUGGUUGACAAAACCUCUGUUGGUCUUGUAAAAGUUUGUAUGUAUUCCUUAUCAGAUUUGGAAAAUGAUUUGCGUCUUAGAACUUUAAAUUACCUAAAUUCUGUGGUAAAAAUUCAACACUAUCUAUAAAUUUGGCAGUUUCAAAAAUUCACCCUGUAUAUUUUUAUGUAAAUAUCUACAUUUACUAUUGACACCAGUCUAAAAUCAAACACUAUUUAGUAUUAAUAUCAGAUAAGAAACGUGUGAUAUUUAUAAACAUGAAAACUAUGCUUGAAUGGUGAUUAAAACUAUUUU